AUGGUGAACGUAACGGCGCAGGACGAAGGAAACACAUCAGUAGUAGCGAGCGAGACAUUGACCGAUAAAGAGACCGACAAAGUGCUGGCGAGGAGACAAGACAAGAUUGGGAACGAUUCAGACGAAUCAUUGCGAUCUUUGCGAGACCAGGAAGUCCGAGACAGCGGCAGUCACGAAAGCGCCACGAGUUGUAGGGACUCUCCGGCUCCCGUCGAUUUCUCGUCCUCGGGGAACCUGUAUGACUCCUCUACUGCAAUCAUUGCGGACAGAAGGGAUGAGGUAACGAAGCGAUGUUCUUCUGUAGACAAGUCUAAGACGAUCAGCGCAGAAGGUUUGAACGACUCCCACCAGGACUUGCUCGAGCGCGAAAUCGACAACGAAGAUCUGAGAGCGACGCGGAUAAGGGUCAAGGACGUCGUCUCGCCAAGCUUGCCGCGCUUCGGCAGAAAAGGAGGCGAUGAAGCGAGGGGCAGCAAGAGUGUCUUCGAAUGCGAGAGCCAUGGAACCAAAAGGGGGGAAGAGGCCGGAAAGAUGAGGGGAAAAGGCAAAAUCGCAGAAACCCUGUCAAGGACGAAAGCUUUGCACAGGAAGGGCAGGAAGAGCUUCGGAACUUUCAAUGAUUUUCGCGCAGCUCAGACGCUGGCGGCCGAGGAGGACAAGAUCGAGUCUCAAUGCCAUUCUGAAAUGCGCCCUAGCCAUCUGAAAACGCCCCCUUCUUCUUCUUCAAUAGAGAUUGAGGAAGCAGCAGCGACCUCUCCAAGGUCUGCUUCGCGAGAGGCAAUUAUCAGUACUGCUACGACGAGCAUGCACUCUCGAGCAUCGCCGCCGCCGCUGCUCUGCCGCGAGACAGAUGGUGAAAGUUCUCAAGAUCAGACACCCCCGUCUCAUGUCAUUGAUACGAUAAGCGAGACUCUUUCCGGGUGCGUCAACGAAGGGUUCCAUGAGAUAGCGAAGAGGCCCGCUGCGACAAUACCAUUGACAAGCAUCGACGGCAACAUCACGAGAACGACCGCGAGCGGUGUCGGCCGGCAUAGAGCGCAAAAGCCAGUCCUGGUCGCCCAGCAACAUCAUGUUAUCAUCAACAAAAGGAACGGCUCCAAUCUUGCAAUUACCUGUCGAAUCAAGGGCUGUCGAACCAAGGCCUGUCGACCCAUGGGCAAAGCAAAACACAAGGAGCGAAAGGAUGCCGUCUGA